UUCACACUGGAAAGCAGCUAAGGCCGUAAGUAAAAGCAAGAAAAAGCAAGAUGAAACUGGUUUAGAGGUUGCUUGCUGUCGGCACAGUAUUGCACAAGCAGCAGUUAAUAUGUUUCGAGGAGAAAUAUAUGGAUAUGCACACUACUUGCAUACUCAGUACCUUUUACCAAGGCAUGUCAAAUUUCUUUGGCAAGAUGUGAUUUGUCUGUACUGGCCAUGGGCAGUGUCAAACACACCUCGUCGUCUUCUCAAGGCUCUUGAUAUGGCACCUGCACUAUCUGUAAUGCAUGGUAAAUCUCAUUCUUGGAACUGCCAGUUCACAUGGGGUGGCAGGUGGCAAGACGGCGCUGCAAAUGGUACUGGAGAAGAAGCUGAGCAAGUCAACAGCUAUAUUUCUCGCCUUGGCUCUACUACGAAGCGGAUGUCAGCAGCAGGGCGUGAAGAAGCUCUUACGGAGCAUGUUUUGGGAUGGAAUAAACGAAAAGUCUUGAACAUGCCUAAAUACCUCAGGAUGCGUUACGCUAAGACAGCAAAAACACUAAAAGAAAAACAAAAAGAAUUAGAGGAAACUCUUGUGGAUUUUGGCCUACAGGGAAAGGAAGAAAAAGAGAUUUUAGAGUGGAAAUCGACUGUUGAAAACUUUGCGAGAGCGGAUGGUAAAAGCGAACAAGAAUACGGGGACGCCGAAAACUAUUUUAUACUGUAUCAUCAAAUUCGUGACGCAACAUUAUUAAAAUCAUUCGUGGAAGGAGGGGAUCGACAAACACGCGACUUGCUUGGAAAUGUUGAAUUGCACAGUACAGUGGAGUCAAAGACAUCACAACUGUGUAGUUUGCAGCAGCAGUUAAGCAAAAUAAAAGAAAAGUUCCAGCAAGUAUCCGAAGAGAAGCUUCUUGAAAAAGGGAAAGAAGAGUUGAUACUGAAGUCGAUCUUAAAAUUGCAAAGGAAAGCAGAGAUUAUAUAUUUUUCAAUACAACGGAGAGCACGUGAUAUAUCUAAAGUGGCUGAUCGAUCUAAAAUGAGAUCAAGCAUGAGAAAGAAAAUGAGCAAUGAAAGAAAGAAUUUAAAAGCAGUUGUAGAUAAGUUAAAUGCAUUUGGUCGAUCAAGUGUUUCACUUGAAGAAGUCUUGGAAGGUGAUUUCCCUUGGUCAGACAGUGAUAAAGAGAAGGCAUUUGACUCGAUUCCUAUUCGUACCAAGGCAAGUAUUGUGGACAAAUUUGUGGCUGUGCAACGUUUAACGGAAGAACAAGAUUUGUUGAUUGGAGAAAUGGUGAAUUUUAUGGCAUAUUACCGAGACAAUGUCUUGAGUGAACUGGACACUCAGCAGAAAGGGAUAAAAGAAAUGAUUGAGAGUAUAUUAAAUCCUGAUUUGAUUGAAGAGGAAAGGGUCGCACAAGGACUUCCUGAAAUAGAUGUGAAGCGGUACCAAAUUAGAAGAGAAACGAUCUCAACUUUAAAGGGAAAACUUGCCAUGUGCAAUGCAGGGACUUGGUUUGCGAAGCUACAACUUCAAAAUGGAAUGAGAAACUUCCGAGACUUAGAAAACGUAGAGCUGCAACAAUAUGAAGAUGUUGAUGCGGAAGAAGAAGCAGAAGUUUCCGAGGGUGAAUCGUCGUCCGACGACGAAGAAAAUAAAAUGGACGAAUAAAUAAAAUUGACCAAUACUUUCCUGAGAAAUUAUAUUCAAUGUAUGUAUAUAACAAUUUUAGAAGCUUCCGUGAA